AUGUUCUUACGCAUUCAAAACUCGCGAAUGCAGCCCCUACGGAAAUGCUUGGUUAAUUCGAGAAGAGCUUUUGCGUCGGCCGAUAUUUACACAACGGAUCCGAUAGAUCCUUCAGAAGCGAAGUUCGGCAAAAUCUUGAUCGCGAACAGAGGUGAAAUUGCGUGCCGAGUGAUAAACACCUGUAAACGCAUGGGAAUCAAAACCGUCGCGAUACACUCGGAUGUUGAUUCAAGAUCCCUCUUCGUGAGGAUGGCUGACGAAGCUUUCUGCGUGGGCCCAGCACCGACGAGUCAGUCCUACUUGAACGUCGAUGCUAUUUUGGAGGCAAUCAAAAAUUCUGGAGCAGAGGCCGUACACCCCGGAUAUGGUUUCCUGUCCGAAAACACGACGUUCGCAGCUCUCCUGGAAGAAGAAGGAGUCACAUUCAUCGGACCCAACUCCAAAGCCAUAGAGAGCAUGGGAGACAAAAUCAUGUCGAAGAAGUUAGCCAACCAAGCGAAGGUCAAUUGCAUCCCUGGCUUCGACGGCGUCGUAGACACCCCGGAAGAGGCGAUCAAAAUUGCCAAGCAAAUAGGAUAUCCUGUGAUGAUCAAAGCUUCGGCAGGAGGCGGCGGCAAGGGGAUGAGAGUUGCUUGGAACGAUAAAGAGGCCGCGGAAGGUUUCAGAUUCUCGAAGGAGGAAGCGGCUGCUUCUUUCGGGGACGAUCGCCUGUUGAUCGAAAAGUUCAUCGAUAAGCCCCGUCACAUCGAAAUUCAAUUCAUGUGCGACAAACACGGGAACGGAGUGUAUUUGAAUGAGCGAGAAUGUUCGAUACAGAGGAGGAAUCAGAAAGUCAUCGAAGAAGCUCCGUCGACGUUCGUCAAUCCCGAGCUCCGGAAAGCCAUGGGUGAACAAGCCUUGGCCCUUGCUAAGGCUGUUGGUUAUGAUUCGGCAGGAACGUGCGAGUUCUUGGUCGAUUCUCAGAAGAACUUCUACUUUCUCGAGAUGAACACCAGACUUCAAGUAGAGCACCCGAUCACGGAAUGCAUUACCGGAGUCGAUCUCGUCCACCAAAUGAUACGGGUAGCGAAGGGCCACCCGCUACGAAUCAAUCAGAGUCAGGUUCCGCUUAAUGGUUGGGCUUUCGAAAGCCGCGUUUACGCUGAGGAUCCAUUCAAAAACUUCGGAUUGCCUUCCAUCGGGAGGCUGCACCGCUACAUAGAGCCUACUAAUAUACCACGGGUCAGGUGCGAUUCCGGAAUCGUCGAAGGGUCCGAAAUAUCGAUUUACUACGAUCCCAUGAUCUGCAAAUUGGUCACCUAUGGACCGACGAGGGAAGACGCCAGGAAGACAAUGAUCUCAGCCCUUGACGAAUACGUGAUCCGUGGAGUGAAUCAUAACAUAAGCUUAUUGAGAGCGAUCAUGGGAGAGGAAAGCUUCAUUAGAGGGGACACGGACACCGGCUAUCUGAAGAAAAUCUGGCCCGACGGAUUCACGGGCAUCCCUCUCACGGUUGAGACCAAGAAUCAUUUGGCCGCAAUCUCGUCCUGCGUGUACGUUCAAGACGACAUAACGGCGAGUUCCAUUCUCUCCUCGCGACGGUUAGAAGGCACAGACGGCGCUUCAAGGGUCUGGGAGGUCCAGGUGGACAUUAAGGACGAACGUGUUCGCGCGUCGGUAAUUAGGUCCUCGAACGGGAGGUAUCUCGUCAAUAUCGAUGGGAAUCACCUCGAAGUUUCGCUGCCGGAAAGUCUAUCCCAACCCACAAUCCCCGUGAGCGUCGGCGACGCGAACUACGUGGUCCAGGUGCCAACGAGGGAUUUCGCGGGGAAUAUCCGCUUGAGGUUCGAGGGAACCGCUUUCGAUUUGAAGGUAGUCCCCACGGAGUGCGCGGAAUACCUCCAGAGGAUGCCAGAGAAACCGAAACCGGACGUCUCCAAACAGGUGGCAGCUCCCAUGCCUGGCUUGGUGAAGUCCGUUGCUGUGCAGGUCGGAGACGUCGUUGGAGAAAAUCAAGAAGUAUGCGUAGUGGAGGCGAUGAAAAUGCAAAAUUCUCUCGUUUCCCUCGCGAUGGGCAAGAUAAAAGCCGUGCUGGUCAAGGAAGGCGAGGCGGUAGAAGAAGGGCAACUCCUCGUCGAACUUGAAUGAGUUCUCAAAGGUGUAAAUCGACGAGGAGCGAAUCGCUGAUUGAUGUCCAGCCUCUGUCAGAUCGGUCGAUUCAGAGCUCACGGAUAUUUUAGACACAUGACUCUCGAAUUCAGGAGCGGUGGAUAUAUGACUAUGGGGUCCUUCUUUUGGCUGUACAUUAUUUGUACAAAAAUUCAUCUGGCGGUUCCUCUCUGAGAGAGGGA